CCAUGGCCAGAGGCUGAGCUCCACUCCCGCCGGCCGCUCCCUAGGGGAAGGGAAAGAGGAGAGGAGCGGAGCGAGAGGCCGCCAGCGAGCGAGCACGGGCGGCAUCCGCAGUCUCCAGAAGUUUGAGACUCGGCCGUGUGCGGACUUGGUGCGCCCGUACUCCGCCGCGCCAGCACCAAGGAAAAAGAGCAGGGGCUGCCCGGCAGCGGCGCGCCGGCUUUGUCAUGAUGGCUAGCUACCCCGAGCCCGAGGACGCCGCGGGGGCUCUGCUGGCCCCGGAGACCGGCCGCGCAGCCAAGGAGCCAGAGGCGCCGCCGCCGCCGAGCCCCGGCAAGGGAGGAGGCGGCGGCUCUGGGACAGCCCCCGAGAAGCCGGACCCGGCUCAGAAGCCCCCGUACUCGUACGUGGCGCUCAUCGCCAUGGCGAUCCGCGAGAGCGCAGAGAAGAGGCUCACCCUGUCCGGUAUCUACCAGUACAUUAUCGCCAAGUUCCCGUUCUACGAGAAGAACAAGAAGGGCUGGCAGAAUAGCAUCCGCCACAAUCUCAGCCUCAACGAGUGCUUCAUCAAGGUGCCGCGCGAGGGCGGCGGCGAGCGCAAGGGCAACUACUGGACGCUGGACCCGGCCUGCGAGGACAUGUUCGAGAAGGGCAACUACCGGCGCCGCCGCCGCAUGAAGCGGCCAUUCCGGCCGCCGCCCGCGCACUUCCAGCCCGGCAAGGGGCUCUUCGGGGCCGGGGGCGCCGCGGGCGGCUGCGGCGUAGCGGGCGCCGGGGCCGACGGCUAUGGCUACCUGGCGCCUCCCAAGUACCUACAGUCCGGCUUCCUCAACAACUCCUGGCCGCUACCGCAGCCGCCUUCACCCAUGCCCUACGCCUCCUGCCAGAUGGCGGCCGCCGCUGCGGCGGCAGCCGCCGCAGCUGCCGCCGCGGGCCCGGGCAGCCCGGGAGCGGCCGCGGUAGUCAAGGGGCUGGCUGGCCCGGCCGCCUCGUAUGGGCCGUACUCACGCGUACAGAGCAUGGCGCUGCCUCCCGGUGUGGUGAACUCGUACAACGGCCUUGGAGGCCCGCCGGCCGCGCCCCCGCCGCCGCCGCAUCCCCACUCACACCCGCAUGCACACCAUCUGCACGCGGCCGCCGCACCCCCGCCCGCCCCGCCGCACCACGGGGCCGCCGCACCGCCCCCAGGCCAGCUCAGCCCCGCCAGCCCUGCUACCGCCGCGCCCCCGGCGCCCGCGCCCACCAAUGCGCCGGGCCUGCAGUUCGCCUGCGCCCGGCAGCCCGAGCUCGCCAUGAUGCAUUGCUCUUACUGGGACCACGACAGCAAGACCGGCGCGCUGCACUCACGCCUCGAUCUCUGAGAGCCCAGCGCAUGCCGGCUUUGAGGAUGCAGGGACGUGCGACGCCGGCCUUAGCCGAAGCCGCAGCCGCCACCGCCGGCCGGACCACGCGCCCUCUGGGGCCAUCUCUGAGCCAGCGUCCAAGGCCCUCUGAGCCUCCUCGCUCCCCUCAGCUCCUCUUGCCCCUCU